AACCAAAGUACGGUAACACUGGGCAGCUAGCUGUCAAACGUAUCGAACGCCUUCGGUCGGCUCGCUGCGAUUCACCAGUCGACCGUGCUAUAAAAUUACUGAGUAUUGUUGUGAUUGCGUCGGCAUCGGCUUCGUGUAUGAACUGUGUUGUAAAAAUGAAUACAGUGUCGUGUUUAGUGAUUAAAUAACAAUGCCAAUUGUAAUGUACACUAGUGUUGUGCUGUGAAACCGUUGUUUGGUGCUGUUUAAGAUGACCGAGAAAAAUAAAUCGGAAAAGAUGACUAAUGCAUCCAAACCUGUUCCCAUGAAACUUUUUGCAGCCUGGGAGGUGGACAGGACGCCUUCCAACUGCAUUCCCAGGCUGUGCACUCUUCGGAUAACCAGGCUCAGAGUAUGUGGUGCGCUGGGCGAGACGGGCGGUGGCGCUGCGAGUGGCGCGGGCGCCGGCGCCGUGAUCCUCGCCGCGCGCAUGCACAGCUCCAAGCGGACACUGCGGUCCAAUGACAUCGCAGUCCCGCCGCUUGAUGUCGAGCUCGACCUGUGCUUCUCACUGCAAUACCCCCACUUCGUCAAACGGGAUGGUAACAGAUUACAAAUCAUGCUGCAGCGUCGGAAGAAAUACAAGAACCGCACAAUUUUGGGAUACAAGACUUUAGCUGAGGGCGUUAUCAGGAUGGAUCAGGUACUCCAAAGGUCGAUGGACAUGGAGCUGGAGCUGACAGGAGUCGGUGGCAAGGUGGGCGCCGCUGCAGGACAGCCAGUCGCCAAGCUGACCAUCACCGGCCUCGCGUCCACUCCCGUAGACCAUGACACAAAGAACAACAAUACUUUGCUUAUUACAGAACGAGGCUAUUCGGAUGAAGAAGAAGAAGGAGAAUUCAGUUCGGUAGAGGAAGCCGAUGAAAUGACGUACGGAGCUCCCGCCAGGCGGCGCGCGCAUCGACAAUUGGCGUUCAACAAAACUGACUUAUCAUAUACCAAGUUGUCCCGAUCUCGCGACUUGAGCUUCAUGGAGCGCGAGCGAAAGAGACAGAGCUAUAUAAACUCUAAGGCGAACGACAGGGACAGCGACAGUGAGCUAGAGACUGCGGCCGCGAAACGCAAGGGCAGCCGCGGGAAGCUCGCGGGUCGCGUUGACACGUUACAACUUUGUAUUUGGCGCAGCAACUCUGCAAUGCUUAUGCAACGCAACUUGAAGCAGAAGUUCGCGGCGUUGUUGCGGCGGUUCCGAGUGCCCGAGGAACUGUCGGAGCGAGGCGCAACAAGGGACACACAUCACGCGCAACACGACAUUGAUGAACUAUUCCAGGAACUAGAAUCCUUAUCAUGCGGCGAGGGCGAGGAUUCAGGUCCAGAUCAGAUGGACACCAUCAGCAUCGGCUCCACACCCAAACCCUCGCUGAGACCUUUCUUCAGCAGCUCCAGGAGCCUCGCCAAUCAGGAGCACCACAGGCAUUCCAAUGUGGUGCGGCACGCGAGCGUCGCGUCCGGGGCCGAGCUGGCCGCGCUGCGCGAGAGACACAUCAACACGCAGCCGCUCACAGAAUCAGAAGCGGUGAGAAGUUCGGCGGGUGACGAGAGAGCCAGCGACGGUAACAGUGACGGCGAUGCCACCAUCGACGCGCCCGUCUCGGGAGCCUCCGUGUCCAGCUCCCCGCCUAACGAGAUCAAGGAGGACAAGCGGUCCCGGUUAUUUCGUAGUGCGACGAGCGGUGGCAACCUUAUACCGGGGGGCGGGGUCACGCGCAAGAAGAACUCGCUCGUAGUGGGCGCCGAGAGGCCGCUCUCUGCGCACGAGUUGCCCGCACAGAGCCCCACCACUUUAGAGCCGCGGCGUACAUGGGCGGAGCAGGUGUCCCGGCUGGCGGGCGCCAGCGAGCUCGCCGCGCCCGACCCGCGCCCGCUGCUGCACGCGCUCAUAUCUAGGGCCAAGCAAGGGUCCCGUCGCUCGUGUAUCCGCGUGGCAAUAUGCGGGGGGGACGCGGCGGCCAGCGCGGCGCUGCGCGCGCACGCAGAGCUCGGCGCGCGCCGCCCGCACGACGCGCCCACGCUGCGGUUCUACAUCGUGCCUAUAGGCCCCAGCGUGAUAGCGCGCCACCUGGCGGCGUCGGACGGCGGCUACGCGUCGUUGUUCACGGGCGACUCCUGGGCCACCAUCUGCGAGCGAGCCGCCGAGGGCUCCGCGCCCGAUGUCGCUGAAAUGUCCUCCAGGAUCGGCAGGUAUCUGAACAGCAUCGGUCCAGUGAACAACGUGCCGAUCGGCGAGGCGAUGGUGGCGUACAGAGAGAAGUCGGGCGACGAGGACGCCAGCCAGACAUUCGUGCCCUUCAUUGCGGAAGUCCGAGUAGGUUGCAGUGAGGGCGGAGUAUCCUCCCUGGAGUUGGAAGAAGGUGGUUCACCCCCUGCGCGAGCGUCUCCUCCCGCUACCCCGGCCCCCCACCCCCACGUGGCCCCCCACAUGACGGAGCUCACCUCUACCCCUCUACCGCUACCCCUACUCGCAAGGACUGAACCACUUGAGCUGCAGUUGGAUUAUUGGCUGGUGCCAGGUCGUCAGCCGGACGGCACGGACAGUAAGGUGACGGUGAAGGCGUCGUUCCGCGCGCUGCACGUCACGCGGCAGAACGCGCACCUCAGCAUCACCUACCUCACCAAGGAGAAGAAGCAAAAGAUAAUGCGGCUGGGCAAGAAGAAGGAGAAGACGGGCGAGGCUGAAGUAGGGCGCGCGCAGACCGUGGACGGGGUCGCGCGGCUUAUAUGCUCCGCCAAGAGCUCGCAUAACGUGCCGCUCAAAGUAUACAUAGACGGCACGGAGCUGAACGGCGUGAAGUUCUUCCAGCUGUCCACCCAGUGGCAGACGCACGUCAAGACCUUCCCCGUGGCCACGUGCGGGGCCCCGCUCGCGCCGCCGGAGUCGUAGGGGCCCGGCGCCCAUUCCCCCGCUACUAUUUUGCAGGCCCCUCGGGUCCCUGGGCGUCACAGGCCUGUCUAGCGCUCGCCAUCUCCGGCCCCGCUCGGAAGCACUCAGCGAAGCUACGAAAUGAGGCUCUAAACUUAGUCUUGCGUACCGACAAAUGUAUCGUAUAACGUUUAUUUAUUAAGCUGUCAAGCUGCCAUGAUUAUAGCGUAGGACUCGCCUUGUGUUAUGUACCUUGAGUUCGUUAUAUAUCGAUGUAUUCCUGUAGUAUAUAGCUGGCCGUAUACCCGCAUGCUGUAUGGCUCGUGCCGCGAUUCAAGCUACAUAAUGCGGGCUCAAGCGUUAACUGUAUCGUCAUAGUCAUUCAUUCAUUAGUUAUCGUAUUUAAUAUAUUAUAAUGUAGUCGUUAUCUGUGUACUCAGUAUAUAUCGAGAAUAAUGGUUCGUGACAUUUCCAAUAUGUGUAUGUAAUAUAAGUUAGUGUGCGUGUGUGUGUGAGCUUGGCAUGAGUGUGUGUGUACUUUCAACGAAUAUAAGCUUACGUGUAGCCAAAAUUUCGCCGAAUUCCGAUAUUAGUGUGUCGGGCGUCGGUUCGUGAGGAGACAGUGAUAGCGUAGUGUUACUGGAGCGAGUAUCGUCGGCACAUAUCAACGUAGAUUCGGUUCCAGUGUUGUGCGCGAUUUUAUUUUUGAUCUGUGAUUCGUGAAUGCAGUUUUUUUUUUUAAUAUCCUAAGGCAAUGGAAACGCGUUGUUGCAAGUCAUAUUUUUGUGUAAUUUUUUACAUAAGCGCAGCUAACAAUGCGUUGUCAACAUUUAUAAUUUUGUACGGCAAACGAUGAAGUUUCGAAUGAAAUGUAGAUUUUUACGUGAACUUGAUUAAUUUUAACAAGUAUUAGAGGUUAUUUGUAAAUCUUCCUGAUCGCUUAUACUUGCAUAGAUUGAACGAUGUCUUCGAUUUACUUGAACAAGCCAAAAUUUUUAGUAUUUUGAACCUGAAAAAUUCGAAAUUAAUUCCGAGCCAAUUUGGAAACUUUCUAUUUGGGCUAGUUUAAUUUUGUAGUUUAACAGUAGAGGGCGUUAGGUAACCCGCAGGUGAACGACUGUUUCAUGAUAUCAUAGAGUUAGUUAUAUAUUCUCAAACUUUACAUAUACUACGUGUAAUACUUAGGUAUAGCUGUGUGUUACUCUGAUAAUAUGGCUGUGUGAGUAAGAAUGUCAGUCUACGAACAGUUUCUACGUCAUCUUACACGAAUUUGAACUUUAAAUGUAUAAAGAUAGGUUCCAAUGUGGGAUUUCGCUGAAAUUGAUAUCGUAUAAGGCUUUACGUCUCGUGUAUUCUUUAUUAAUACAUUUUAUCGAUGUUAGACAUGUUGUUAGAGCCAAAAUUAAUAAUUAUUCGACAUUUAUGACUAAGGCGUUUGAAUAACGAGACGGUAGCCAUCAGUAACAUGGGACUUCCAAAUAUUUUGAUCUUAGAUCUACUAUUUCAAGUUAUAUAUCGUUUUAAUAUAUUGACAUAUCGACAUUAUGCUAUAAAAUUAAAGUUAUAUCUAUUAUCGUGGUUAAAGUAGGCGUUUAAUAUUAAUAUCUGCUUCAAAAAGUAUAUUCGUGGUAUUGUUGAAUAGAGUAUUGAAAUUUGAUUUCUAUUCCAGUGUUGCAAAGUUUAAAAUUGAAUGAGUAAAGCUUAUUGGAGUGUGUGUUUAGAAAAAAAUGCCAAAAUAAAUUUAGCUCGUAUAAAUUAAGAUAAUCCGAACAUGCGCUUGCGCAGGCAUACAGCUUUUACUGGAUUUUGGCUUCAAUUCCCAGUUGCAUGAAGUAAAAUUUGCAAUGUAUCUGAUAUUUAGCAACAAACUGAUUAUGUUCCGCAAAGUACUAUUAGGAUUUUACAGUAUUUCGGGAAUUAGCGCUUUACUAUCAAUCUUAGAUCAAAUUAUAUUUAGAAGGCUUAUGUUACUGCUCUCUCCCUAAUCCAAGUGGCUUUUGAACGCUAGUUAAACGAAUGAAUGAACUGAGGGCCUAGUAAGAGAUUGUUUCGCAACGUUAUGCGUUCAGCGCUCUGAUUGGCCAGUUUGAUUGAACUAACCAAUCAAGACGGCUUAACGCGGUAACGUUCCGGUCACUCGUACUAAGCCCACUAGACGUUACAUAUAUGCGACUUAUUAUGUCAAUACUUGUCUACUCGUUGGACUAGCGUCUAUGAAGCCAUUUGUAGGGCGUGUUUGCUCCCACGGAUAACUGUGACAAUAGCUCGCGUAUUAUACGCUUUUUUCACAAUAAUAACACGUUUUUAUUUAAAUAUACGCUCUUAAUAUAAGUCGUAUUUAAAUAGCAGUAGGCCUGUUUACCAUUUUAAUGUCUAACAGUAUACUUAUUCGAUCUUUUUCGUGUGCUGUUCUAACUGUUUCUGAGUAUAGUGGACAAUAGUGUCCAGCCAUCAAAAUACACUCUCUAUUAGUAGAAAGUAUUAUUAUUGGAGUUUUAAAUGGUUUCAAAUAUUCAGAAAUCUAAUACACCAAAUCUAGAACUGUGACCAGUGUGUAGUAAUGUUUAGUAUAGUGAAAGUCACAUUAUAUCUAACAAAGCCAAUAUCAAAAGUUACUAACCGGAUCUGUAGAUAACUGAGCGAGUUAUCGGGGUCCAGACUCGAAAUAAGAGUAGGUACUGGAUGGUUUCUUGUCAGUGAAAGCCUGACACUCUUUCUCGCCUCACCCAAGGCAGGAGAAUCAUUUGAUGCAUUUAAAAAAUAUCAAAAGUUGAGAAAUUAACGUAAUAAUAUGGAUGUCAAGGUCAAAUAUCUGCGUAUUGUAAUAAACAAUGAACAAGAAAUAUGUUAGAACAGCACAUCAGAUGUAAAAUAGUCUCAAUAACAGUUUUACUAUUAACUUUGCGCAGUAACGUUUGGUUUUAUAUUUGUCAAAAUAUUUCUUCUCACAUCUAGUCUACUGAUUUCAGUCCUAGAGACGUUUUCUGGUUAGUCAUCGCUGUAGAUUUACUGUAAAUUCUGGUAUACAGAAGAUAUUGUAGCGAGAGUCUUGCUCGUUCUUCUAUAUUUUGCAAUGAACACCUAGCUUGACGGACAAAAGCGUCUGUAUAAUGGAUUAAUUGAAAUAAAUGCUUUGACUUUGAACACAAUAUCAUUAAAAUCAGUCGAGCUGUUUUAGAAGAUUGUUACAACAAACAAACGAGACUUACUUGACUUAAUGUCCUAAUUCCCCUAGUUGGGGCAGAUUGCGUCCAUAGAAGUCCUCUAUUGCGACCGGUCUUGAGCUUGAACAAACAAAUGUACGUACACUGACACAAUUUUCUUCAAACAAAAUUAUUAUAAAGAAAUAUUUUGACAAAUAAAUUAACUUACAAUAUAUCUGUGUAUCAUAUCAAGUCGCUUCUAUGUUAUACAUAUAACUAUGUAAAAUAAAGUACGGACUAACUUUUAUCGUUAAUAUUCUCGGGUCGUAUAGGAAGGCCCCGUAUUUUCUAAUAUUCCACAAAGAAUUAUGCCAGGUAGACAAGUUUCGUAUUACAUGUAAUCCAAAUUAUAUAUACAGGUGUGGUUCAAUUUGUAAGUGAUCAUUUUAACUAAGAUUCUACUAAAGAUAUGUGAGAUAACUGUUACGUUGAUAAAGAAUAAUGAUUAAACAAGUAUGGAUAAUUUACAAUUAUUUGUAAAUCUUACCAAGUGUCAAAAACUUGAGUAAAUGCCACCGUGGGUACAGUAACGGGAACCGCUUUCGGCGCUCUAAUUGGUUGGUCAUUCGCGCCUAUCAGAGCACCGAACGCGCUCUCAAUGUUUAAAUAGUGAAAGGUGGGUAUACAAUGUACAUUGUACAGUGGCAUUAAGUGCCGUAAUGUGCAAGUGCACCUCUGCCUACCCUUUCGGGUAUAAAAGGCAUGACAUUGAGAUUGGUUUCAAGAGUAAGCGCCGAGUUGGUAUACUUUGGUUGAAAUUAUCACUUAUAAAUUCAAUGACAGCCUGUAUACAAAUGUAAUAGUAUUAGCCAUGUUUAUUAUUUCUUAUAUAAUAUAUAUGUUGUAAUAUUAUUUAAUUUUAUGUACGGAGACAUAUUGGCCAAUUUUAAAUUUAAAUGUAUUUGAUCCCUUUUAAACUUAACGUGUCAUUUACCAAUUUGAAAAUUGUUUAUGGUAUUGCUGUCCUUUUCUUUAGUAUAGAGUAUGAAAGGGACAGAAUUUUUAAUUUAUUAAGGUUCGCAUUGUCUCUUUCUUUCUACAUAUGUGUGAUAAAGAUAGCAAUAUUCUAAUUUUCUUUAAUUGGUGGAAAAAAAUCUGCGGAUAAAAUAAUAAUUUUCUUUGUAUUGUUGUACCUAGCGAUGAAAUACUUUCUUUUCCUAUAUUAUGUUGAUUAACGCAUCUCUAAAUUUUGUAUACCAAAAAUUAUCCGGUUUAUACGUUCAUGUCAUGCAAAAUUCUGUUCUAUCAUCGUAGGAAUAGUAGCUAAAAUAAAGAUAUUGGAAAAUAUAUUUCCUUGGCUGAAGAAUCUUGUCGCAACCAUAAUUAUCGAUUGAUUAUUUUGCUACUAUUCUUACAAAACGAUCUAUAGGCAAAUACUAGUUGAAACUUAGGUUUGAGGCUAAAGCCUAAGUACUUUGUAUGUCAUAUCAAGCAAAAAUAAACCAUAUAAUACCAGCUCAAGGUUGAUAUUUGACUGACAAAAUGAAAUAAAAAAAUAACAUUAUAUUUUCUUCUCUAUUUCCAUGUACUUAAGGUCUAUAGCUAGAUCCUGCCUAUGUUCAAUUACUGUUUGCCUAUAAAAAAUCUGUACAAUAAGUCUCCCAUGCUUUCGUUAUCGGCUUAGCCAAACGAAUCCAUUAUAAUGACAUUAUAUUUUAAUUAUUAAGUAUUAAUUCAUUAUUUCGUUUUAAUUCAUUAUAUUACUUUUAUCAAACAUGCUACUCUUGCUUAUGAUUAAAUUAUAGUAAUGGAGUUUUAAAAUGAAUGCAGUGAAAAGAAAAUAAUUGAACAUCUGUGCAAUAAAAUACAGUUAUUACUAUGGAAUGUUAAAAAUUUUAACUAUUGAUUAAAAAUAAUAUAUUUAUGUAAAUCUCCAUACUAAAAUUUAAUCAUACAAGUGUUAGCAUGUUUAAGAUUUUUAUUAAUUGUAAAAUAUUUUGUCAAAUGGCGGGAAAUCAGUCGAAGGCACAACAUUAUUGUAGCCAUAAACACUCUGUGACCUUAUAACAUCUGUGGUAACAGUUUCCCGCCAAAAAAAACUAUUAUUUGAUCUCAUUACUGCUGACUGAGAAUUCAUUUGGCACAUUUCUGUAUUACAAUGAAAUUAAUAAAUAUUUAUUUCACAAAUGGACUUUAGAAGCCAUCGUCAUCGUGUAUUAAUGUAUUACUUUGUAUAAAAUAAAACUAAUCAUCACAAAUUGUUAUGUCCAAUGUAUAUCUACAAUGGCCAAACAAACUUAUAUUAGUGCUACGGGAAUUUCAUUUAGGUUGAGUAAAUUAGUACAAAAAUAUCUUACAUUUAUGUUCCAACAAUAACUAUUUAAAAAAGAAUGCAUUAUUUGCAUUAAUGCAACACAGACUGUGCAAUAAUGUAAACAUUUCUUGAGAAUUUAAUGUUCAUUUAAUUUUGACUUGUAAACGUCGUACUCAGAGUCGUUUAAUCGUUACUUUACCCAGUCCUUAGCAAUUGUUUACUGAACAAAAUCAUUACUAAGAUAUAGUUUGAGUAAUCAUUAAAUGUCUCUGAGUAUGGCAGUAAGUCAUCAAUAAUAUGAUUUCAUUACGAUAUUUUUAAGUAAUGUGAUGAGAUUUAUUAUUUUAUCAUAAUUUGCAAGUAUAAUUUGUAUUUAUUGUACAAAUAAACAUUUUGCAUUAAAA